GUGCCACUUGAACUGGGAGGGGAAUUUUAAUUGUGGUCUUGAUAUAGACUUCAUAAAGCACGCUGUCACUCUGACUUAGCUAGUGAAGACGUCGGCAUGAAAACUCUGUUGACUGACAUUGAUAGGCACCCGUGCUGAUUUUCCAACCUAGGAUCCACAUUUCGUCCUCGAUGUUCCCCUUGGAGUCAUCAGCCGAGUGGAGAAGAUCGGAGUGCAGAGCCACGGAGACAAUUCUUGUGGUAUAGAGAUCGUGUGCAAGGAUAUGAGGAAUUUGCGACUUGCUUAUAAACAGGAAGAACAGAGUAAACUGGGGAUAUUUGAAAACCUCAACAAACAUGCAUUUCCUCUUUCCAAUGGGCAGAUGCUAUUUGCAUUCAACUAUAAGGAGAAAUUUCCAAUUAAUGGCUGGAAAGUUUAUGAUCCAGUAUCUGAAUAUAAGAGACAGGGUUUGCCCAAUGAGAGCUGGAAAAUAUCCAAAAUCAACAGUAAUUAUGAGCUCUGCGACACCUACCCUGCCAUCAUUGUUGUGCCAACUAGUGUCAAAGAUGACGACCUUGCAAAAGUGGCAGCCUUUCGAGCAAAAGGCAGAGUCCCUGUGUUGUCAUGGAUUCAUCCAGAAAGUCAGGCAACGAUCACCCGUUGCAGCCAGCCACUUGUGGGUCCAAAUGAUAAGCGCUGCAAAGAAGAUGAAAAAUACUUGCAAACAAUAAUGGAUGCUAACGCCCAGUCACACAAACUUACCAUCUUUGAUGCCCGGCAAAACAGUGUCGCUGACACCAACAAGGCCAAGGGUGGAGGCUAUGAAAGCGAAGGCGCUUACCCAAACGCUGAGCUCGUGUUCUUGGAAAUCCACAACAUCCACGUGAUGAGAGAGUCACUCCGGAAACUGAAGGAGAUCGUUUACCCGGCCAUCGAUGAGGCCCGGUGGCUGUCCAACGUGGACGGGACGCACUGGCUCGAGUACAUAAGGACGCUUCUGGCUGGGGCGGUCAGAAUUGCCGAUAAAAUAGAAUCUGGGAAAACGUCGGUGGUAGUGCACUGCAGCGACGGAUGGGACCGAACAGCCCAGCUCACAUCUCUGGCCAUGCUGAUGUUGGACGGCUACUACCGGACCGUUAAAGGAUUCGAAGCUCUCAUAGAAAAGGAGUGGAUAAGCUUGGGACAUAGGUUUGCACUGCGAGUGGGCCACGGUGAUGACAACCACGCCGACGCGGACAGAUCCCCUAUAUUUCUUCAGUUUAUUGAUUGUGUUUGGCAAAUGACAAGACAGUUUCCUUCAGCGUUCGAGUUUAAUGAACUGUUCUUGAUUACAAUCUUGGAUCACCUUUAUAGCUGUCUCUUCGGGACUUUUUUGUGCAACUGUGAACAACAGCGAUUCAAAGAGGAUGUAUAUACGAAGACUCUAUCUUUAUGGUCUUAUAUCAAUAGCCAGCUAGAUGAAUUUUCUAAUCCCUUCUUUGUGAACUAUGAAAACCACGUGCUAUAUCCCGUUGCUAGUCUGAGUCAUUUGGAAUUAUGGGUAAACUAUUAUGUACGAUGGAAUCCACGAAUGAGACCUCAGAUGCCAAUUCACCAGAAUCUCAAGGAGCUGCUGGCCAUCAGGAUGGAGCUGCAGAAGAGGGUGGAGGACCUGCAGCGGGAGGUGGCCACGCGCUCCAUCUCGUCCUCGUCUGAGCGUGGCUCCUCGCCUUCCCACUCGGCCACCCCGGUGCACACUUCCGUCUGAUGGGCGGGCGUCGGGGGCAGGUGCUUCCUGCAGGCCCCCAGGUCUCAGGGCCUCCUGUGAGUAAAGAAGGGGCUAGGCGGUCUCUCAGCGGCCGCCGUUCCCACUGCAGCUUCUGAUCUUGUCUUUUAGGAUGAGGCCCCGUGGCCUCCGUGUCUGGAUGGCGCUUCCAGCCAUCGGCCAUUCGUGCGGCUCGGCGGCAGCUCCUGCCGAGCCCCCUUUCGCCAGCGCAUUUUGUCUCGUGAACAGCCUGUUCCUCUCUCGCCGGCAGGUUCACGGGCCCUGGCUGUCGGUUCGGCCCGGGAGCCACGUUCUGCCACGUCCAGGCAGCUUUGGAGCAACUAGCGUGAAUUAGUGCAAUACUUAGGUUUAAGAGAGUUUUACAUGAAUUAUUUCACAAUCCAGUACUUCAUUCUAAACACACCCUGAUCACUUUCCACGUUGGCCAGCCGUGGGGCUUCUUUCAGUUCUUUGCUACAACUUGAAAACUGUUUUUAAAUAUUUGGUGGGGAGACAGACAUCUCUUCCAGUCCCCUUGGCGCGAGGGGCCCUCCUGUACCGAUUACUGCUGUGUACAUAGAAGGUAUUUUUAAACAAGAGAAACAUGCCUUUAUUUUCCUAUGUCCUUUUUUUAUGUUUAGAAUAGUCACCCGAGGAGGUAUCUGCCUAGCUGUACCGGGUGAGAAAUUCUUUCCAAGAAACCUCAUGCGAACUUUUGUGUGGUACAUUUGAAACCAGAUUUGCAUAUGGCCAUCUGAAGGGAACUAGUAUGUCCUCGCCUCACUCGGGUACUUGCCCCCUAGGGUGGCCCGGGUCGGAACGAGGCAUGCUCCGUCCUCCCCCAGUGAGGGGGUAAACCGAGGCCUCCCCAUGGAUUCCUCCAUGGAGCCGCGCCCGUGGACCAGCCCUGUGGUGCCCUGGCCUUCUCACAGCUUUCCAAUUGUCUGGAGGAAAGCAAGCGUGCUUGCACCUGUUACACGCCUGGCUGCAGCCACCCUCGCCUGUGACAAGAUCCCCUAGCUCCGUGUAUUCGCGCCACUGCAUGCCAAUAUUGUAAAGCAACCACUGAGCCGUGGCUUCCGUUGCCAAAAGCUUCCCUGCUCCUGCUGGGGCUGCAGCUUUGUGUGGCGACCUACAUGUGGUGACGGUGAGCUCCGUGCCUCUGCAGAACCCUGCAGCCAGCAGGCCGCACCCUCCUCCCCCAGCGCUGGGUCCCACCCUGGGAAAUGAGGUCCUUCCCAUCCGGGGGCCUCCAAGGCCUAGGGGCACACCCCAGGCCAGCGCGCUGGAGCCGUCCCGGCUGUUUCCGAUUGACUGGAUGCCAGGCAGAGUCCUUCUGAUUGACCUUAUUUCUGAGAGCGUGUUCUUAAAAAGAAGUUGUUUUUACAGUCAAAUACUUGGAAACUUCUAAUUCUGAGAGAUCAAUGAUCCUUCAGUGAGCUACCAGAAAUAUUUAUCCACGGUAAUUUGACCAUCUAAAAUCAAUGCUCAAUUUUGAUCAUCUGGGUGAUUUGUUUCUAAAUCGUAGUUUAAUUGAAAUGAGCUUUCAAUUUAUUCUCCGAAUGUAAACGGAAUGAUUGUAUCCGUGGAUACACUGAUUUUCUUCAAUGGGAACACUGCCCUUUUUUUCCCAGGAAUAACACUCAAUCCCCCAGCUGCCCCAGGGCUGUUGGAUACUUUUGACCGAACCCGAGAAUGCAAAGUGGCCUUUCUCACCACGGGUGCAGAGCUGGCCACCCAGCACUGGGGCCAGGUCCCUGCCUGCCAGCCUCGGUCCCAGCUGGGCCCCCGCAGAGUUCUGGGCAGCGCCUGCCCCGCUCCCCAUGCGCUCCGCCCCAAGCAGGAGCCCUGCAAACCCCCAUGAUUUCAGAGAAGCACAACAGGUCCUUUCUUCUUUGUAUGUUCCUAGAACAACUGAGUUUCUAAAACAACUUGAAGUACAGUUUUGUUACCUAAGCGACUCUUUUCUGUUUUAUUUAAGUGUACUAGAAUGUAAAACCUUUGCAGUUCAGGGUUUUAAAAACUGGUACAGUGUUGUAUUUGCCUCGUCUGAUGCACUGUUUCAAUCUAUAAAUAAAAUUAUAAUAUGUUUGCUCCAUGGUCUUGUUUUUUGCUGUCUUUCUCCUUUUUAGGAAUUUUGGUAGCUUUUUCGUUUGGGGAAAAUUCAUAACAAUAAAAUACAGGAAUUGAAUAUUUCCCGUGCCAGGAACAGGUCAUAUAUGUAGAAUGCCUUUGCAUGAUUUCUUACUGUCUUCAGUGUGAUUGAUCAUAAAGUUUGAGUGUUUGGGCCACGAUGGGUAAGCGCUCUGAUUUGAAAAUCUGAAAUGCCCCUAGACUGUUGUUACCGCGAGAAAACACUGGGGACCGGGGUGCAGGGGGAGCUACGUGGAGACGCCCAGGCAUCAGAACCCAUGUGGGUGCUGUGUU